UCGGAAGAGGGAGUCACGCUCUCUCUCGCUCUCAGCCUCCUCUGCUGCAGCGAGGGAAUCCGGGAUAACUUUUAGUCCUUUUUGAUCGUGACGUGAAGUGAUUCUGGUGUGUGGCGCCUGGGAGGGAAUGUCCUAGUGGCCUACAGUGCUAUAGAUGGUUAGGUUGUUGUUGUCGAAGUGAUUUUAUCGUGUGGUAAAGUAAAAGAAUGUCCAACACAUUACGUUAGUUUACAGUGUCCGAUGUGAGUGAAUCAGUUUUUAUUUUUUGAUUGAUCAGUGUUCGUUGUGAAACGAAGGCGUUGUUGACCUUGUGCGCUAGUAACGAUGGUGUUGUGCAGGCACGUGGUCGUGGUGGCGGUGGCGAUGGCGAUAGCGGGGCGCCUCAGCGCGGCUGCAGGUGGUGGCUACCUCAAGAUGUUUGAGGCUCAGCACAACCCGCCCGACCCGUGCUACGACGACGCGGGCGCGCGGCCCAAGAAGUGCAUUCCCGACUUCAUCAACGCCGCCUUCGGGCGUUCCGUCGAGGCCUCCAGCACGUGCGGGGCGCCGCCGUCGCGGUACUGCGUGACCUCGCACGAGAAGGGCGAGGUCAACCGCAAGUGCCACGUGUGCGACGCCGAGGAGCCCGCCCGCGCCCACCCCGCCCACUACCUCACCGACCUCAACAACCCCAACAACCUCACCUGCUGGCGCUCGGCCCCCGUCGACCCCCUCAAGCCCGAGAACGUGUCGCUCAACAUCUCCCUGGGAAAGAAGUACGAGCUCACCUACAUCAGCCUGCAGUUCUGCGGCCAGAAGCCCGACUCCCUGGCCAUCUACAAGUCCAUGGACUACGGGCGCACGUGGCACCCGUUCCAGUUCUACUCGUCGCAGUGCCGCAAGGUGUACGGGCGCCAGAGCCGCCUGGUGAUCGGGAAGGCCAACGAGCAGGAGGCGCUGUGCACGGACGCCCACCUCAGUCACAACGACCCUCUGACCGGCUCGUCCUCGUCCAGGAUCGCAUUCAGCACGCUGGAAGGACGACCCUCGGCCUACGACUUCGACUCGUCGCCGGUUUUGCAGGACUGGGUCACCGCCACGGACAUCAAGGUGGUUCUGAACCGCUUGCACCCCGAGCUUGACGAGGCCACGGCUGACAACGAAAGUGCCGCUCAGGAGCGCUAUAGUUACGCUGUGGCAGACCUGGCUGUUGGCGGCCGUUGCAAAUGCAAUGGUCACGCCUCCCAGUGCAUCCCGGACAAGACCACGGGCGCGCUGGUGUGUGACUGCGCCCACAACACCGCCGGGCGAGACUGCGAAAAGUGCAAACCCUUCCACUUCGACCGACCGUGGGGACGCGCCACGUCCCGAGAGGCCAACGAGUGUGUAGCAUGUGAUUGCAACUUGCACGCUCGGCGAUGCAGGUUCAACAUGGAGUUGUACAAGUUGUCGGGGCGAGUUAGUGGCGGCGUCUGUCUCAAGUGCAGACACAACACGGCGGGGCGACACUGCCACUACUGCAAGGAGGGAUUCUACAGGGACUCCACCAAGCCCAUCACGCACCGGAAAGCUUGCAAAGCCUGCGACUGCCACCCCGUUGGCGCCUCGGGGAAGACGUGCAACCAGACGACGGGGCAAUGCCCGUGCAAGGACGGCGUCAUCGGCAUCAUGUGCAACCGCUGCGCCAAGGGCUACCAGCAGAGCCGCUCGCCCAUCGCGCCCUGCGUCAAAGUUCCCGAACCUGCCACCAUCAGACCCUCUGGCGGUGGAAGUGAGUAUACAGGGCAAUCGUGUGGCAAGUGUCGUGUCAACUCUCGCAGACUUAAGCUGAGGAAAUACUGUCGCAGAGACUACGCUCUGGUGGCUCGCGUGAUCAACAAGGAGGUCCUCGGCGAGUACACCCGCUUCGACAUCCAGGUGGCCAACGUGUACAAGCGGUCCCGCGCCGUGAGGGUGAGGCGCGGCGGCGACCAGUUGUGGGUCAGGAACCAGGACCUGGUGUGCAAGUGCCCCAAGAUCAAGAUGGGCAAAGAAUACUUGAUCCUUGGGCGAACAGACCGCAAGCAGCGGCCAGGUCUCGUCAUCAACAGAAGGUCCAUCGUCAUAGAGUGGCGCAACGACUGGCAACUGCGCAUGCGCCGCUUCAUGAAGAAGGCAGCGAAGUGCCGACCGUCGAGGUACUGAGGAGGGUCGCCGGUGGAUCCUGGUGGUGCCAGUCAAGUCCCUCCGGGCCCAGCGCCAAGGAGAGUGCCACUGGAUGCGUCUUUUAGCGAGCAUAAGGGGAGGAGAAGGGAUCCUACGUGAAGCAAAGAAUCUCACAUGACCAAGAUACUUUUAUUUCUCGUUUACGAACCGCCGUGCGAAGGCGAGAGUGGGCGGGGAGCGGGACAGCGCGUGGCGGACGGGUCUCCCGGAGGGGGACUCUGGACGAGAACGGAAAAGGGAAAUCUUGUUCAUCCGCUAAACCUCCAAGGCCGCGGCUUGGAGCUCGAGCUGUGUCUUGGGGCAAACAGCAUAUCACUCACUUUAGCUUAACUCGUAGCUUAGAACGGUGACUUCAUGUAGUGAUCUGGGUUAUUGUCUAGAAUCCACGGUCACGGGCUACCGGUCUCGGUUAUGGUGUAAUGGCCAGGUCAUUCACUAGUGACCUUGGCUGUUGCCUUUUGACCAGGGAUGGCGGCUCUCGACCUGGGUUAUGCAAAAGGCCCAGAAAGUAACCUGGGUUAGUAAAAAAUGCCUAGGUAAUAACCUAGGUUAUUAACAAGUAUGACCUACAUAGUUGCCUAGGUUAUCGGUAAGUGUGAACCAGGUGUCGGCCGUAGUCAUUGAGGGGCGAGCGGGAGGGGGGGGGGGGGUCCGGGACCGGGGCUGACCGACGGUAAUGACUUAGGCCGUGACCUGGCUUGCUGAUGAGUAAUUUGCGUUGUAUCAAUGUUCAGGAAUGUCACACUAAUAUCUGUUUAUAUUAUUAAUGGCAAAUCCGCCAUUAGAAAUAUAUUGCUUUAUGCUCUCUUACCUUGUACGUUUUUGAUUAGUGUACAUACAGACCACAAAUGAUGCGUGUUCAUUAAAUGAAUCGUAACUGAAAUUAUAUAUCUGAUUAGGUUUAGUUGAAUUCAAUGCACGCUCAGCCCGGAAACGGCGAAACGCCACUCGGGAGAGAACAGUCGCAAUACCGAUCGCUGAUUGGCCUGCAUGGGAGAGUAAGGUAGCCAAUGGCGGCUUGGAUAUGGCGUGGUGUGAGCGCGGGCGCGUGGGCGUGUGUUGACGACGGUGCCCCGGCCGCGGGCGUGUUUGGUUAACAGCUUGGCGGGCGCUACCUCGUCCGCAGACAAGUUCCUAAUUUUACUCUCCAUAUUCUUAUGUUCUGCGCGGCUGGUCCUGGAUGGAGCGCGAGGAGGGGGGGAGGGGUAGCAGCCAUAUCUGCCUGGAAGCACUCGCCGCCCCUGUAAUCUGGACAAAAUUCGUUAAGCAAGGUACAAAACGCGACGCAAUCGUAAGCGCGAAUUGGCCGCACACGAGCAGCUGGGCGGCGAGCGAGGGGGAGGGAGGGGGGAGAGGGAAGUGGCGCCGCGCGAGCAGUGCCAUCCAGGGCCAUCCCGAUGUACUGUAGUGUACUGCUGUAUAUGUCGCUGUCUGUGUGGGUACUUAAGCUGCCUCUCAUCCUCUCGACGUCGUAACGUAGUUCCCGCUGGAAAUCAUUCGGUCAAAUCAUUUCGUCGCUUCCCAGAGGUUCCCGCUAAAGAGGUAAUAAUUCAGCGCCUUAGCCCAUAUUGGGUGCUGUCGACGGCGCGAGAUUGGCGCGAUUGGAGGAUUCGUUAGAUGUUAGGCUUUGGAGCAUGAGAGACGGUCGUAACCUUAAGGUGAUAUUCUAGGAGUAGUCUCAGCUAAGUUCCGCUACAAACACACUGUGUCGGGUUUACUAUUCUAACAAGGGGAGCACUAUGUUAGCAAAACUGGCAGCAGUUUGGUUGAAAUACCACUUUGGUUAACUGGAAGCCGUUUCUAUUAUCAAGUUUAAAAUUUAGUCCAUACAGAUGCAAUCAUUAAGUAAGGAAAGAAACAAAACGUAAACGUAUAUCUCCGGCUGUAGAACAGUCGGGUGUUCCGUUGUCAUCUUGAGAAGUUCCCCUGAUCCUUUAAAACACAGAAACAAAAACUUAGUACUGGGCAUUUAGCUAAGACCAGUCUUCACAAUAGCACCGUUUACUGUCACCAUUAUUUAUUUGAGCGUGGAGGAACAGCACCUAGAAAUAGAUGUUAGGGCGUAACUUGCGAUUUCUUGGCUGCUCCCUCUGUCGGUCUAGUUUGUCCAUAGUUCCCCGGGUGUUCGGCUCGUCACUUGACCCUUAGAAGGCUGAGGAAACGGGGCGUGGGUGAGAGGAAGUCUUGGUUGCUCGUCGGUCUCGUAGAGUGUGGGCUCUGGACUCGAGUGUUGCAUACUUCGUAGGUGGUUGUGGUGGCGAAGAUGCUUGUAUAUAAGAGGUAGGUGUGUGUGUGUGCGUGGGUGUGUAUGUAUGUAUGUGUGUGUUUGUAAACACUUUUACGCCAAUGUAAAAGCAAACAGAAUGAAGAAUGGACAUAUCUCUCGGUCGUUUGCGUGACCCCGUGUGUGAGUGUCUUCAGUCGAACGUUGCCCUUCGCCCACCGGCAUCAGAAGCUCGGUGUCAUGCCAGUCUUGACAAAGGGGGCAUGGCUUCGUCCCAGGAGAAAUGGAGUAUUAACCCAAGUGUGAGGUCAGUGUGGAGUGGGUGAGUGGCUGAAGCAGGGAAAUCACAACUUUCGAGGACAGAAGGAGAAUAAAAAUGGAAGAAUAGCAGGAAAAUUAAAAUACACAGAUAUAUUUACGUGUCUCAUCAUGACACUUUUAGCACCGAGAGGGACGAAAUUUUUUCAAUAGAACGUUUUUGUAGAAUUCUUUUUUCUGUAGUUUUUCCCUGGUGGUGGAAGAAGCUGUUAAUCGAACUGCCUCACAUAGUCUGUAUAAAUAUAUAUAUUUAGUAUGCAAAUACAUCUUGACGACGUUAUCUGGUAUGACUACAGCCUCCAUCAGACGAUAGCCAACCAAAGUGACUUAGCGAAAUCACACAACUCACCCACUUAAUACGCUAGAUUAACAUUUACAAAAGUCAUUAGCUUUACUGAAAACCUAAUUACUAGAGGAUUAGUUUUCAACAGUGAGUGUCAUCUGCUAACAGUUUCAUUUACAAAACCGAAUAACUUUCACGAGUCGUUGUUGACAUCGGACGCGGAUCGGAAUGCGGUGGAUGGCGGGGUCGACCUCAAGGGCAGCACAAUGUUCUUCGGUUGUGCGGUGGAAGCCAAUGGCACGGAAUGCGAUUGGUGCGAGUUCUGACUGGCUAGGAGUGCAUUCGAGAAUAACUGAACAGGACGAAUAAUGUGGCCAUCAUCGUAAUUUCACUUAUACCUCAGAUUAAAUGCAAUCAAUUAGAGUAUGGAUUUCUCUAAUGUAGAGCAAGUUUAAAUAAUGUUGUAACUUAGAAAUUUAUUUUAAAAUUAAUGUCCUUGAUGUUCAAAUUAGUGAUUAAUUGAGCUCUUAUCAAUGAUAUAUGUUAGUCAACAAACUGACCCCUCACUGUAAUAGACACUGGAGGCUGAAAUCUGAAGCUUGCGUGAGAUUCUUCAUCUUGAUCAAUUGCGAAUUUCUGUCAGUUAGUCUUGCCAUUUAGGAGUUUGAAACCCACAAAAUAAAUCACCUUUUCUCCACGAUUCGUCAUUGACACGCAUCCCUUUUUUUCUUACGGCUUUGUAUUUGGCUCGGUUUGUUUGAGAAUCUGUCAUAUAUGGGGACUCUUAACAAUGGAGUAUUUGCACUAUUUACCCUUCCGUUGUUUUUGUCUCUCGUCUCACCGCAGGAAAUGACUUCAGAUUUCGUUCUCCAGCUGCUAAAAUUUGUAACUUUUAACUGUCUGUCCACGAGACGUAUAUCUUUAUUUUUGCCACUGUACAGUUUAUUUUUAAGACUGAUGUAUAUUUGCAUAUUUCUGUAUGUGUAAAAAAAAUCACACCUGCAUAAUAUGAUUUUUAUGUUGUGCCAAACCAGCUCUUGAACAUUAAAAUAGCUCUUAAGUGUUUUACUGCAUAAUGUGUUGUGACCGAGUUGUGGUAUCAGUAAGGAAAUAAAACGUGCAAAAAGAGAUGUUCAGAUAAUCGAGAGAAAAGUAACAAAGAAAUAAUAAAAUGUUCAUUAUGGAAACCUUAUUCCCAGAUUGUUCAUUAUGGAAACCAUAUUUCUAAAUUGUUCUGUAACGGAAGCCCAAUGUUGAGAGGAGACCUUACUGUAGUCGCACGCCCUAGGUUGUUGGUGCUGUCCACCCAACACUUCGCAAGCAGAGGCUAUUGUGAAGGGAAAUAAAUGUGUUCAAUAAUGGGUACACUGAGGCUACUUCAAGCGUGGAGCAAGCAACAACCUUACGUCACAACACAGUGAAUGACAACAGGCACGUGACAUUACAUCAACAGCAAAACAAACGAAGAAAAGAAAAUUACUAAAAUGAAUCCUAAAUUUUCUCGAUCCACAAAAUUAAUAUAAAUUGUUGAACGGAAAAAAAGAAGUAAUCUAGGAAUCUUCACAACUUUAGCCCCAAUUUGACACAAUCCCCCAAAUGGACACAAACCAGACGACGAAAGAUGAGCAAAGAGAGCAUUGGUGUGGUGUCAGGUGGCUGCGGUCGAGCGUCGUGUGGUGGUCCUGCAUAUCAGCGGGGGGUCCGGCCGCUGCCUGGAAGCGUCGCGAACCUGGGUGACGUGCGGGGAGCAGACUUUGUGCAAGGGAAUGCUGUGUUUCGUGAGAGAGGGAAUCAGAUGCUAUGAUUUGGAGUGUUCGUGGAUAACUUUUUUUUUUACAUGGUUGAAUUACACUGUGCAGGCCGCAAACAAAAUGAAAAUUCAAGGGGCGUUUUGUUGUUUGUAUGGAACUCUUUUUCGCAUUGUGUUAUAAUCUAAAUCAAAGAAGAAUUCCGAAGAUACUAACUGCAGUUGUAAGGCCUUCUAAUAUUACCAAAAUUUGCUAAUCCUUCUGGUCCCACAAAAUCAGUUGCACGCGGCCAGUGAUAGUCGGCGAGGCUCCAUCCAGCAGAGUGAACGGCAAGGCGCGGCGCCCCCUCGGCCCAUCAGUCAGUUUGUUGGUGUCUGUACGGCGCGCUCUGUACAUAUUUGCUGACCUCUAUUUUUAUUUUAUUUACAUGUGCCACGUGUACCACAGAUGAUUCAUUAUAUCAAAUAAAUGUAUUCGUAAUAGGAA